GCAAACAUAGUUCACAUCAACGAACACAAAAAAGAAAGAACCCAUUUACAAGUAUGGAGUGCAGAAAGACUUAGAACACUCGAGGAGACUCACACAGAGAGAAAAUGUUUUAACUGCAGGGAGUGUGGGAAGAACUUCAGUCAGAGUGGAAACCUCAAUACACAUCAGCGGACUCACACAGGGGAGAAACCAUAUGAAUGUAUGGAGUGUGGAAAGAGCAUCAGUCAGAGUGGAGAGGUUAGAUCACAUCAACGGACUCACACAGGGGAGAAACCAUUUACAUGUGUGGAGUGUGGAAAGAGCUUCAGUCAUAGUGGAGACCUUAGAAAUCAUCAACGGACUCACACAGGGGAGAAACCAUAUGAAUGUAUGGAGUGUGGAAAGAGCUUUAAUGAAAGUGGAAGGCUUAGAAGACAUCAACGGACUCACACUGGGGAGAAACCAUUUAAAUGCAUGGAGUGUGGAAAAAGCUUCAGUCAGAGUGCAAACCUUAGAAAUCAUCAACUGAUUCACACAGGGGAGAAACCAUUUACAUGUGUGGAGUGUGGAAAGAGCUUCAGUUAUAGUGGAAAACUUAGAAGACAUCAACGGACUCACACAGGGGAGAAACCAUUUAAAUGCAUGGAGUGUGGAAAGAGCUUCAGUCAGAAUGGAGACCUUAAAAUACAUCAACGAAUUCACACAGGGGAGAAACCAUUUAAAUGCAUGGAGUGUGGAAAGAGCUUCAGUUAUAGUGGAAACCUUAGAAGUCAUCAACGGAUUCACACAGGGGAGAAACCAUAUGAAUGUAUGGAGUGUGGAAAGAGCUUCAGUAAGAGUGCACAUCUUAGAAAUCAUCAACGGAUUCACACAGGGGAGAAACCAUAUGAAUGUAUGGAGUGUGGAAAGAGCUUCAGUCAGAGUGGAGAGGUUAGAUCACAUCAACGGACUCACACAGGGGAGAAACCAUUUACAUGUGUGGAGUGUGGAAAGAGCUUCAGUUAUAGUGGAAACUUUAGAAGACAUCAACGGACUCACACAGGGGAGAAACCAUUUAAAUGCAUGGAGUGUGGAAAGAGCUUCAGUCAUAGUGGAGACCUUAGAAAUCAUCAACGGAUUCACACAGGGGAGAAACCAUAUGAAUGUAUGGAGUGUGGAAAGAGCUUUAAUGAAAGUGGAAGGCUUAGAAGACAUCAACGGACUCACACAGGGGAGAAACCAUUUAAAUGCAUGGAGUGUGGAAAGAGCUUCAGUCAGAGUGCACAGCUUAGAAAUCAUCAACGGAUUCACACAGGGGAGAAAGCAUAUGAAUGUAUGGAGUGUGGAAAGAGCUUCAGUCAGAGUGGAGAGGUUAGAUCACAUCAACGGACUCACACAGGGGAGAAACCAUUUACGUGUGUGGAGUGUGGAAAGAGCUUCAGUUAUAGUGGAAACUUUAGAAGACAUCAACGGACUCACACAGGGGAGAAAGCAUUUAAAUGCAUGGAGUGUGGAAAAAGCUUCAGUCAGAGUGCACACCUUAGAAAUCAUCAACUGAUUCACACAGGGGAGAAACCAUUUAGGUGUGUGGAGUGUGGAAAGAGCUUCAGUUAUAGUGGAAACCUUAGAAGACAUCAACGGACUCACACAGGGGAGAAACCAUUUAAAUGCAUGGAGUGUGGAAAGAGCUUCAGUCAUAGUGGAGACCUUAGAUCACAUCAACGGACUCAUACAGAGGAGAAACCAUUUCAAUGUAUGGAUUGUGGAAAGAGCUUCAGUAAGAGUGGACACCUUAGAAGACAUCAACAGACUCACACAGGGGUGAAACCAUAUAAUUGUAUGGAAUGUGGAAAAAGCUUCAGUCAGAAUGCAGACCUUAAAAUACAUCAACGAAUUCACACAAGGGAGAAACCAUUUAAAUGCAUGGAGUGUGGAAAGAGCUUCAGUCAGAGUGGAGACCUUAAAAAUGAUCAACGGACUCACACAGGGGAGAAACCAUUUAAAUGUAUCGAGUGUGGAAAGAGCUUCAGUCAGAGUGGAAAUCUUAGAAAACAUCAGCAGACACACAGGGGAGAAAGUAUUUAAAGGUAUGGACUGUGGAAGGAGCUUCAGUCAGAGAGGAACCCUUGAUUUUUGUCAACAAACUCACACAAAAGACAAACCAUAUAAAUAUCAGGGAAGUAGAAAGAGGUUCACUCUUAGUGGAAGUUCAGACAGACUUAUGGACAGGAAGAACUUUAAGAGUUGAAAUUCUUCAAACCUCCAACAAACUCAGAGAGGAGAAGCAGUUUAAAUGAAAAGAUUGCAAAAAGUGCUUUAUUUAUAAUAGAGUGAUCAAGGAACACCCCAGGACUCUCACAUGGGAGAACCUAUUUAGAUGUAUGGAGUGUGGGAUGUCUUCCUCUCAGAGUCCACUCUGAGCAAUGAACUCAGCAGGAAAUCAUUCCUAAAAGCAUGAGGUAUGUGUGAAGUUCUGGUGUUUAUAUGUAAAACUGUCUAAUAAUGAAAUAAUGAAGGGAACAUCUCACAAUAGCGAGUAUAAUUUUAGAUGUAAAGUACCAUUGGUUUUUGCACCAAACUCUGUCACACACACCCCACCGCAUGAUCUCCCAGCACUGCUUCUUCACCAGAACUUCAUCGCUGCCUCCUGCCCUGCGCGUUCUGAAGAAAACUUGGAAUACUGAAAUUGAAUGGGAUAUUUCCCCCGAAGCCUAAUUUCAAGAGAGAGAAGGAGGGGUGCAGGUACUAGGGAAGUCUCCUGGGGGGCCCACGUUCACUCAUGUACCCUGGGACAAUUUACUGCCAUCAGCAAUCUUUGCCCCCUCCCUGCUCCCCCCUAAGUCUAGAUCAUUUAUGAACAAGUUGAAAAGCCACAGGUCCCAAUACUGAUCUUGACGGGACUCCGCUUUCUGCUCCUCUCCAUUCAGAGAACUGUCUAUUUACUCUCUUGGUUUUUCAGAAGGAGGGCUGCCUUCCUGGUGGUGGGAUGGCGAAGAGCAGAAAGAGGGAGAAAAGGGAGCAGAAAGGGAGGGGAGAUAUUGCAAGCUGAGGAGGAAACAGGGUUUCGUGAGCAGGAAGAGUUUGGGGCAGAGAGCAAUUCAGGCUCAGAGGGAGGAGAGGAGGGGGCCAGGAGACCCAGAGGAGGCCGGCUGCUGAAGCAUCCAGGGAAACCCCCCCUCCUGCUGCGACCAGCAUAUGCCUCUGAGUGUGGCAGUUAUAACUCUUAGAAUGUGGGGAUCCCAUUUUUCAACCAAAGCCAAAACCCGCUAGCCUUUUCCCAGGUCUUUCCUUACCUGACAGUCGUUCGUCUUCUCUACAAAGGAUGCUACAAAGUCCCUCUCCCUCCCUUUAUUUACCAUGGGGUCCCAGCAACCUUUUCUGCCUCUUACACGCUAGGAAAAAGAGUCCCUUUCCAUUGGACGCCUGGCAGCCCAGUGCCAAAUCCGGCUGCUCCAGAGAGAACGGAAAGGAGCUGGAAACGCCCUUGCGCUCUGACGUGCACCAGUCACUUCCUCCCCGAUCUUGGUGUUGCCGGUGCAGCUGCAUUUACGAGAAAAAGAGAAAUUGGAAACCGAGCCCAAGUCCCUUGCUAUCCAAAGUGGCCACUUGGACCAGCCUUGGGCGUCUUCCUUGGGAAAAAGGCAAUGUCAAAGUGACUGACAAGCUGAGAUACAACCCAUUAUCAUCCGAUGACAGCGACUGCAUGAAUCUUUCCAGUCAAAAGAGCCAUUUUCAUGAUAGACAGUGCCUGGGGCUGGAGGCUCUACAUACCGGGUGUGCCUGUGCAGGCCAAAGACUGCCAGUAUUAGCACAGGGCUUGACUUCACGUCCAGCAGAAUUCCCCAGCCCCCCAAGGAUUUGAGACCCAUCAGCUUUCCUCACCUGGUUUAGCCGGCCGGUUGAAGCCGUUGCUUGAACCCCUGUUGCAUGCUGACAGCUUCUGGAAGCCACAGGAUUUCCUUUCUGCCCACUCUGAAAAAGGUGAUGGAGAAGACAGAAUUGCAGGGGACAGGGCACCUUUCGUUUCAUUAGGAAUAGCCAUUAAAAUGUGUGAAAUGUG